GAGUGAGUCUGCAGUGAUCUGGUUAUCGCUGCCCCUGCAUGGGAAGCUGGUGUUAUCUUAGCCUACUGUCUUAAAUGGCCUACAAUCAAUAUUGUAAGGUUGAUAAUUAACUGUGAGAGACAAUUAGCGGCGGUAUGUUUAUACUUUGUCUGUCAGCUCAAGAAAUGGACAUCAAUCUUUCAUUGCGAGCCCGUCCCAUAUUAUUUUGUUAUAUGGAAAAAAGUUGCUUGCUGUAGUCCAAAGUACACUUAGCCAGCGUCCACUUUAGUGGCAGUUUAUUCUCGUGUUUAUAUCGAAUGUAGUUUGCGCGUUGUUUAUGUUAAGCUAACAUGUUAAUUGCACAUCUGGAGGUAUUCCAAGUAGGCUACGUGGUUAAGGGACAAACCUGGGUGUUAAACUUCCUAUUAGAAGAGCUAUAUGGCUGUAUUGUCCGAGCAAAACAAAGUAAAUCAUUCUGGCUGUUCACUUUAUGACGGUAUGACUGUAUUUGCAGACAAACAUUUAGCUUAGCUUGUUUUAUGCAGAAAUAAAACAGACCCAUACAUUGUGCAAUUUUCUGACCAUUCUCUUUGCAAACAACAGACCUAUGAAGCAUGAUGGUGAUGCUACUGGUGCCAUCUCACAUCAAUCAGUAUGACAGAGAUGUGUUUUUAUUUUUUAUAGGUAGUGCCCAGAUGUUGUCAUUAGCCAUUUUGUCCUCGCUCCUAUGCCUGACGUUACACACCUGUCACGGGGGAAAGGUGCUCGUUUAUCCAGUGGAGGGAAGCCACUGGGUGAACAUGAACAUCCUCAUCGAAGGUUUGCACUCCAAAGGACACGACAUCACAGUACUGCGCUCAGACAAAAGCUGGUAUAUCAAAGAGAAUUCCUCAUCCUAUAACACCAUCACUGUUCCAGUGAGCGCUAGCUUGGACGAGGAAUUUAUUGCAAAAAUCGUUACGGAGACCAUUAACAUCCAGAGGGGGCAUAGUUCCUUGUUUGUCUUCGUGACCUUGUUGGUUGAGAUGUUUAAGAAACUGAAGGAGGCUCACGUCACCUUGAAAGAGAUGAUUGUGAACAUACUUGAGAACCCAGAGCUAAUCAAAAGCCUCCAGGACUGUCACUAUGAUAUACUGCUCACAGAUCCCUGCUGGGGCGGUGGGACUGUGUUGGCCCAUUACCUUCAUCUUCCUCUUGUCUAUAAUGUGCGCUGGUUACCAGUAGGAGAGGGCCACUUUGCUGUUGCCCCUUCACCUGUGUCAUACAUCCCACUGACUGGGUCGGGCUUUUCAGACAAGAUGACUUUCAUAGAGAGAGUCAAAAACAUGCUUUACUUUGGAGCUGUGGUCAUCCAAGAUCGCUUGACUCUGAGACCAGUAUACCAAGGGGUGUGUGAGAAGUACCUGAGUCCACACAGUGAUUUCUACAUGCUUAUGCAGUCUGCAGAUCUCUGGCUGAUGCGGGGUGACUUUGUGUUUGAGUUCCCACGCCCCACUAUGCCUAACGUUGUUUACAUGGGUGGGUUCCAGUGUAAGCCAGCAAAGCCCCUUCCUCAAGACCUGGAGGACUUUGUACAGAGCUCUGGAGAACAUGGAGUCAUUCUCAUGUCUUUGGGGACAUUUGUCAGUCAACUUCCGAGUGAUAUUACUGAAGAAAUAGCUGCUGCUUUUGCUGAGUUGCCCCAGAAAGUCAUUUGGAAGUACACUGGAGAAAGACCUUCGACCCUGGGCAACAACACCCUGCUGGUUGACUGGAUGCCACAGAAUGAUAUUCUGGGACACCCCAAAAUAAAACUCUUUGUGGCCCAUGGAGGAACAAAUGGAGUGCAGGAAGCUCUUUAUCAUGGCGUUCCAGUUGUGGGUAUACCUCUGUUCUUCGACCAGUAUGACAACCUUCUCAGGCUGAAAGUAAGAGGUGGGGCAACAAUACUCUCUGUUGCUACGCUAGAAAAAGGCACUCUGCUCCAGGGCUUACAGGAAGUGCUCCGUGAGCCGUCCUACAGGGAGAACAUGCAGAGGCUCUCCAGGCUGCACAGAGACCAGCCAGUGAAGCCCCUGGACCGAGCCCUCUUCUGGAUUGAGUUUGUAAUGAGACACAAAGGUGCUGCUCACCUGCGCACAGAGUCCUACAAGAUGCCCUGGUACGCCUACCACUCAGUGGAUGUAGUACUGUUUUUGGUUGCUGUUUUGUCCUUGAUAGUUUUGAUUAUUUUUGCUGUUAUCAGGUAUUUGUUACGCCUGUGUAAUAAAAUAAAAAAUAAGGUAGAUUAAAAGGUUUACAAUUGCAAACAGAACAUGCAUACUACUGUAACGGCUGCCAUUUUGUAUUACUAAUUUUAAUAAUGAGCAAAUUAUGAAAAGUCAAAAGUCUGAGAAAUGUAUGACUAAUAGAAAGGUAUAAAAUAUCUUGUCUAAAAAGUAUGCUAUGCUUUUUACAGAAAAGUGAUUUGGGUAUACUGUGAUCACCAAAGGUCAUCCGAUUAGAAGGAAUCAAAGGGGUCUGGAUUACCAAUUUAGUCUUUGAAGAAAACAAAGGUGUAUUUAGUCUAUUUAGUCUCACCAUCUUGUUUGCGCCUGCAUAAUGUAACUUUCAAAGUGUAUUUGAGUUUGACCCACUGUUGUCCCUCGACACUGACCAGUUAUUAUAUUUUGAUCUGAAUUAAAUUAAAGAACUGAUCUUAAGUAGG